CUAAAAAAAAAUCUCCUCGUCUCUCUUAAAUCAAUCACUCAGAAUGGCAGAUGAAGAACAAAAUAUAGGAGAGAGGGUCUUCUUUUCUUUUGUCAUAGCCUUUGGUAUUUGUGGUUUGGUUUUUAUGAUGACAAUAGACAAUUCUCGCAAAAUCCCGGUGCCGAAAAUAGAAUUAGCUUCUAUGGAUUUCACGGUGCAAAAUAUUACAAUGACUCGUCUCAGUGCAAAGUGGGAUUUGUCUAUAAGGAUCCCUGAUGGUCUUCCUGGUCAGUAUAUAUGUCUUCAAGGAGACCUUCAAGCUUCCUUGCUUUACAAGAAUGUCACUCUUGCUACCUCAUCCCAACAAAAAUACUACAAUCUCAAAUACGAUAAUCCUCAGCUUCUUAAGGUUUCAGCGAUUGUUUCCGACGAAGAUAUUGGCGGUUUGAUUGGUAAAGAUAUUAUUAACGAUGUCAAAGAGAGGAAAGAAGUACAGUUCGGAUCGCGGUUUUCUCUCACGGAUUGCAGAAAGAAAACGACAGGAGUUAUGAGUUAUGAGUGUAAUGAAGCCACCUUGAGGUUCGAGCCAGGCUCUGAGAUGAAGGCGACAAUGUUUGGGAACCAUCCAAACUGCAUUAAUAUUUGACCAAAGUCCAUGUCAUGAUCACCGUACCAGUUCAUUGUUUUAUUUUUGGCGUGUGACCUAAUUUUUAUGGCUAUUCAUUAAUUUUCCUUUUGAAUAUUAAUCAAGAAAACGAGUCAAACUCUAGAAUUCGAUCUC